GAAAAAAAAUAGUUAUACGAUAUUGCAUUCUAUAUAUAAAUUAUUUAUUUUAUCCGCAAAAUGAGGACGUGUUAUUUAUCGGCGAGACUGUUCCUCAUCUCUGUGCUCUGCAAUAUCAGCCAAGGUUUCAGCUCCCACUUCGACCCCGAUGGGGCGCCAAUUAGCGAGCUCACAUGGUCCUCCUCCAUGGCCGUGGUGGCCGUCUCCUUCUCCGGCCUCUUCACCUUCAUCUUCCUCAUGCUCGCCUGCCUGUGCUGCAGGAAAGGAGACAUCGGGUUCAAGGAGCCGGGUUCUGGAGGCAAAAAUAUCAGCCACAAGGAGUUUGAGAACAAUGACGGGGAAGAUUACACGGCCGACUUCUCCCCCAGGGGCACGCCCGGCUCACAGAACGGCCCCGAGGUCUACAUCCUGCCCCUCACUGAGGUCUCAUUGCCCGUUUCCAACCAGCCAUUGGCCAGAUCAGGGCAGUUUCUUCAGCAGACGGACAUUGGGCGUCAGUGCCUGCUGUAUCUGAAGGAGAUGGGCCUCGGCUGGUUCGGCAAGGUGUUCUUAGGGGAGGUGAAUGCGGGUCUGAAUUCCUGCCAAGUGGUGGUGAAAGAGUUAAAAGCGGGCGCCUCUCUUCAGGACCAAAUGCGUUUUCUGGAGGAAGCUCAACCACACAGGAACUCCCAGCAUCCCAACCUCCUGCAGUGCCUGGCGCAGUUUACUGAGGUGUCGCCUUAUCUGCUGGUCAUGGAGUUCUGCCACCUGGGCGACGUGAAGGGUUACCUGAGGACCCGCAGUGCUGCGGAUGAGAUGGCUCCUGAUCCCUCGACCCUCCAGCGAAUGGCUUGCGAGAUCACCUCGGGUCUGCAACACCUUCACAAACACAACUACAUCCACAGUGACUUGGCCCUGAGGAACUGCCUACUCACCGCAGACCUGACCAUUAAAAUUGGAGAUUACGGACUGUCCCACAGUAAAUACAAGAAAGAUUACCUGUUGACCCCUGACCAACUGUGGGUGCCUCUGCGCUGGAUUGCCCCCGAGCUGAUCGACGAUGUCCACGGGAACCUGUUGGUGGUGGAUCAGACCAAAGUCAGUAACAUCUGGUCCCUGGGUGUGACGUUGUGGGAGCUGUUUGAGUUCGGAAACCAGCCCUACCACCGCUACACAGACAAGGAGGUGCUCGCCUACACCAUCAAAGAGCAGCAGCUGAAAUUGCCCCGACCCCUCCUCAAACUGGCUCUGUCCGAUCGAUGGUACGAGGUGAUGCAGUUCUGUUGGCUGCAGCCAGAGCAGAGACCCACGGCCGAUGAAGUCCACCUGCUGCUCAGCUACCUCUGCGCUAAGGCCUCCAGCGAGGCCGAGGAGGAGUUUGAGAAGCGUUGGAACGCCAUGAAGCCCAGCGCAGCCACCGGCAGCGGGGGAGGGGGAGGGGUCACGGGCGGCCCCCCGGCCCCCCUCUCCUCCUUCCCGCUCCUGGAGCAGUUCGGCUCGGACGGCUUCCAGCACGCGGAGACGGACGACGUGCUGACGGUGACGGAGACCAGCCAAGGGCUGAACUUCGAGUACAAGUGGGAGCACCAGCCGCAAGUGGAGCACAUCCUGCCGUCCCCAGGGGGCGCCGCUGCGCAGUUCCAGGAGAUCUACUUCCCCAACAGCACAUCGGGCCGGCUGAGUCUCAGCGUGUCGCCCAUCUCCUCCAACUCCUUCUACGAGGCCACGCAGCAGCAAGGGGUCCCACAGCGCCUGCAGCCCCCCGGGGUGGUGCCUGUGAUCAGCGCCCACAGCCCCUCAGUGAGCGGCGAGUAUUACAUCCGCAUCGAGGAGCCCACCGAGUGCAACAUCGACCUGGACUACACCAUGUGCUCCUACAGCCCCGAGUUUGACCGGAGCUUCCCCACGGAAACGCCGUCGCCUUGGGAAGAGCUCGGAGGAGGAGGAGGAGGAGGAGGGAGGAAGCCCGUGGACGACUUCGAUAACAGCCCCGCCAUCUCCCUGACCAUGGAGCCCCUUCUGGGGCAGGUGUCUUCCAGUCAGAGGGAUUCCUGGGAGGACGGGCAGUACGGGAGCAAGAGCAAAGUCCGCAGGUUCUACGAGAAUCUGGCCGCAGACGACGAGGCCAACCAGUACCUGUUGGACGACUUCGCUGACGGCGGCGGAGAAUGGCGAGCCCUGGGGGAGAGCCCCCGGAGGGACCCCGGCGAGCUGGCCCCGGCAGUCUCGCCUCCGCCUCCCCACACCUUCAAAGGCUCCAGCUCGUCCAUCAGCUCCUACGAGGGGUUCGAGGAGACGGGUUCGAACGAGCAUCUGGUCAACGGGCGCCAAGAGGAGCCGAGCCCCGGACCCCGGCCGCCGCUCGACUCGGAGACUGAGGGAGCCCACCCACUCGCGGACCCCUUGGACGGGCACCCGAACCGACCCUCGGCCUCGCCUCCGACUCGCGGGCUGCCGACCGAGAACGAGAGCGCCUUCUUCUGCGAGCUGAAGUCGUGGGAAUCCAACGGCUUCCUGCACGGAUGCCCGGCCGACGCGCCCGGCUCACCCCGGGGGGGAGGGAGGGCCGGAACACCGGGAUUCUCUCCCGAUUGGGAGGCCGGCGAGGAGCUCGGCGCGGAUGACCUGGAGCAGGAGCUGUCCGGCCUCGGGAGGUUCGCUUCCCUCUCGUUUCCCAACGCGAGCGAAACGCACGUGUGCGCUCCCGGCUCCGGGGAGACGGAGAACCAGGGGUGCGUUUGGAAUUCGCCAUCGGCGCUGACGGUUGUCGGCCUCGAGCUGAACAGUCGAGGAUUCGGUCGCUCUUUGUUCGUCGCGGACAGGAGCGACGGGAACCCGCCCAACGACUCACAGCGCGACCCGGGCGAAGGGGGUCUCGAUCGAGCCCCCGAUCGCCGAUUCCAAGUCUCAAAAUGCCCGGAGUCGCUGGACCCUCUCCUCGGCUACGCGGUGACGGACUGGGCUCUGCCGAGCGACUGCGGCAAAGUCCGGCCAGUAAGUGACCGGCACGAGGAGCCAAUCUCGCUCCCGACCCUGAGCGGCGGCGGCUGUGGCCAGCCCGACCAAGCCGUAAAGACCGAACGGGACGCCUCUCCACGCGCAAGCCGGCCGGAAGGUGACACGGAAACGGGAGACGAGGGAGGCCCGAGUGGUCAGGGCUCGGAAACGCUCGUGGACCGUGGGCAGCCGGUGGACAGCGGCGGCGGUGGCGAAGCCGAGGCCGAUGUCGAGGAGACGGACCCCUCUCAGGUGUCGGAGAGCGAGGAAGGGAACGCCGGCCGGUCCCCAGGCGCUUCGGCCGAAACCCCGGACCCCGAUGGCUCACCGGUCAAGACUCUUUCGAGCGUCAGCUUCGGGGAGACAGAGGUGAGCAGCGACGGGGACGAGACGGACGUGACGUCGGGGAUAUUCACCGACCUGACCCAGGAGUACGAGAGCAGCGAGGCGGUGCUCUCACACAAGUCCCUGCAGAAGCUGGUGGGGACCCCCGACUCGCUGGAGUCUCUGGACAUCCCGUCCACCACCAGCUCCUGCGACAUCUUCAGCCCCACCGCCUCGCACUCCCCCUGCCUCCAGCCCAGGGCGGCCGACAGCGGGUAUGACACGGAGAACUUCGAGUCACCCGAGUUCGUGCCGAAGGAGCCGGCGGAGACGGGGAAGCCCGGCGCGGUGGCCAAGCCGGCAGCGGGCAGCGGCGGCCAGGACUCCGAGACGUCCCAGGAUUCCGACCUGCCGGACGCGGAUGGGAAGAAUCCCUACAGGGACUCGGCUUACUUCUCGGAUUACGACGCUGAGUCCGAGAGGUGUCAGUCGUCGGAGGAGCUCGCCCAGGACGAGGCGGACCGGACGCUCUUGAGCAAAGGCCGACGGCUGGAGACCGUCCUCGCGGGGCAGGUCGGUCAUCCCCACCCCAGCACUCAAGCCGACCUCCCCCACGGUGUCGCUGGAAAUAAAACGUCCGAGCAAUGCGGUUCGAUCUCCGAUGUCCUUCCGGGGGCUUUGUUCAGCGCCAGAACCAGCGGUGUUGCCGCAGACCUCUCUGCGCAGGCAGAGCAGACAAAGACAAGCCCCCCGGUGUUGGGCUUUGAGCGACACCCACCGGCCUCGUCGAGAGCAGAGGACGAGCAGAAGGUUGAGAAGAGGCCGCACUUGUGCCUCGUAGCGAGCGAGGGCUCAGGGAUGGAGACUGAGACAGAGACUGAGAACGAGAGUGCCCUCUAUCAGGUGGGUUACGUGCUCUGCGGGCAGGUGGCGGAGGCAACUUACCCCGAUUCGCCGUUGGACCUGAACAAGGGCAGUUUGGCUCAACGCCGAGCUCCUGAUUCAGACGACCUUGGCUUUGAGGAGCUCAGAGGAGGGUCUUUGCUACACAAGGAGGUUUGUCUUCACCGAACAGUGGGCUGCAACUUUGACGGCCGGCAGUUGUUAGCGGGCAGGAAGCCGUCUCAGCAGGGUGGGGGCAGAGAGGGAUUCUACUGCACCAAAACGGACAUCCAGAUGAAAACGCACCCGUACUCCUUAAACGUUCAGGAAAAGCUGGAGAACUUCAUUGUCCCAAAGAUACAGUCUGUCCAGCUGUCUUUGCAACUCCCUCUGCUGAGCCUGAAGAAAGACUCCAAGCAGGUCCUCGAAGGGGAAGAAGGAGACGAGGAGGAGGAGGAGGACGAGGAGAGCGAGGACUCGGACGAGGAGCUCGGCUGCUAUAACAUUCAGGAGCCCAGCGAGGAGAGCGAGGAGGAGGCUCCCGCCAUCCCCAUCAUCGUCACGGAGAAGGACGACGGGAAGAACCUCAGGAGCCUCCUCAAGAUGCCCAGCCUGAUGUACGAGUCGUUCUGCGAGGAUCUCGACCGCAAGAAAAAGGCUGUGUCCUUCUACGAUGAUGUGACUGUCUAUCUCUUUGACCAGGAGAGUCCAACGAGUGAGCUCAGCGAGCAGAAUAUUCCAGAAGUUGACCCAACAUCUCAGCGUCCUGCGGGGAGCUUGGAGGGAGGAGGAGGAGGAGGAGGAGGCAGCAGCAGUGACCCAGGGUCAGCAGACAAGCAGAAUGCCUCCGAUGACUCUUCUGAUGGAAACUUCUCAGAAGAAGGCAGCGGCUUUGAGUGGGACGAUGACUUUACCGUGAUAACCGAGAAGCCGUCCUUUGCCCCCGAGGCCGCCUUGUCACCGUCUGAGGCCGGUCCCAGCGCCGCUUCCAGGCCGGAGCCCAUCCCGGUGCAGCCGACCCGCUUCUCCCGCUUCACAGUCUCUCCCGCCACAGUGUCCAGGUUUUCCAUCACCCACGUGUCUGAUUCCGACAUGGAUUCCAUUGGAGGCAGCAGCGAGGAAGGGGAGCGAGAGUGAUACCUGUGACACCGAGCUUCAAAAUGUCUUUUCUCUGAAACGAAACAGACAUCACCCGACAGAGGAAGAUUGUGAGAUGAAUGUUUCAACCGACCGGACGAUUUUUAAAACUGCUGUGAAUUGUUGGGCAAUUGGAUUGCGAGUUUUAGCUGAAGCUACGCACGUUGGACCCAGGAUGCUCUCUCUCUAUCUCUCGCUCUCUCCCUCCUCCGUAUAGUUGGGAUACCUUGCACCGUGCCAACCUGCGUUUGAUGGGGAUCGAUCCAUGCAGAGUUCAACGUGAGUUCGAUUCAAACGCAGCACCCCUCACCCCUCCCACCCCAACAGGGGAGGAGAGGUGGGGGACAAAACAUUACCAGACUCGAUGGGCGAGUUUUGUUACAUGGAGAUCGGACGUGCCAAUCAAACUGGGAUCGCUGCGGCGAGGAAUCGGCGAGGCCACAGGCACCAGAGUGAGCGAGCGAGCCCACUGGAGAACAUUUAACCUGAAAUAUCAAUUGCCAACUGUUUUCAGGCUCCAUUUGUAAUGAAGCACAUUUUGCAAAUAACACCAUCUGCUUGUAGUUCUCAUCCGCUUGGGCAUCUGACAAGUACUUGGUUGAAGCUACUUAUUAACCCGUUUCCUGUCCACACCCCACUGCAAAAACAAAACAACACCCUCAUGCCCUCCCGCCAGUAUUCAGUCCACAGUAUUUAGGGUUUUGGCCUUUCUUUCCCCCUUCCCUCCUCACCCUCUCCGCCUCCCCCUCUCUCCCGACCACCAUCUCUCUUGAGUUUGAUAUCUGAUAGAGAGGAGAGAAAAAAAUAAUCAUUUAAAUUGCAAUGUAUACUAUUUUUGUAAAACCAUUCAGACUACUGAUGAAUAUAUUGUAAAUGUUGCCAAAGAGAUGUAAAAAAUUGUGCAGCUCCUAGUUCCCGUUUGUCGCUAUCUGUAUGGCUUAAGUUAUAGGUGUCGGUACCAAUUUUGAAUAAAACGAGGGAAGCUGAGUAUUUAGCAAUCUUUUGCCUUCCCUGAUCAUGCUACGCAGACAACAUUCAUUGAGAACGACGACUGACUGCAUGAUGACAGUAACACAUAGGCUGUCCUUCAGUGUUAGUACUUUGUAUAACUGAUCAAUACGGGUCAUUACUGCUGUUCAGUGUUUUAUUUCCAUUUAGCUACCAGCAUGUGGCUUAAAUCACUUGACUAAUAAAGUUUUUACGGUACUUAUAA